GUGAAACGCAUUCCCGUGACGUAUCUUCUCGCCGGCGAGGCCUGGACACCAGCUUGCGCCCUGUGACUGCGUUCCGCCUCAGCAGCACCACCCAGCGCGGGUUCGAUUUGGCACAUCGGGCAGGAAGACCUGCGGCCUGGUCGUACGCCGCACGCCUGCAGCGAGCGUGGCAGUUCUUUGCCCUGGCUCACCGUGCAGCCCCACAAGCACCAGUGCUGGCACAGGGCAAGCGGCAGCAACAUGUGGCCAGCAGCGGGAGGGCCCGGGAGCCGCUUGCAGCAGUGGCUCGGGGCUGUCACACCAGCGACCUGUCGCUGGGUUACUCAGGUUUCCCAGCGCGGGAGCGGAAGCAGAAGGGAGCGCUGGAUAAGGUCAGGUACCACCAAGAUCCUCCUGCAAGAAAAACAGACUCAGGAGAAGAAAACUUGCUGGCAAUUUUGAAAAGGAGAUGGUGGAAGUACAUGAUCCUGGGGAUAAUAGAUAUAGAAGCCAAUUACCUGGUAGUCAAAGCUUAUCAAUACACCACUCUUACUAGUGUGCAGCUCCUAGACUGUUUUGUCAUCCCUGUGGUGAUACUGCUCUCCUGGUUCUUCCUACUGGUACGAUACAAGGCAGUACAUUUCAUUGGGAUCGUGGUCUGCAUUCUGGGCAUGGGAUGCAUGGCAGGAGCAGAUGUGCUCGUUGGGAGACAGCAAGGAGCAGGUGAAAAUAAACUCAUAGGGGAUCUCUUAGUAUUGGGCGGAGCAACGCUAUACGGCAUCUCAAACGUUUGUGAGGAGUAUAUUGUCCGAAAUCUGAGUCGAGUGGAAUUCCUGGGCAUGAUUGGACUCUUUGGCUCCUUCUUCAGUGGAAUUCAACUUGCAAUCAUGGAACACAAAGAGCUAUUGAAAGUUCCCUGGGAUUGGCAAAUAGGCUUGUUGUACGUCGGCUUUAGUGCCUGUAUGUUUGGCCUCUACAGCUUUAUGCCGGUGGUCAUAAAGAAAACCAGUGCUACUGCUGUCAACCUCUCCCUACUGACGGCUGACCUGUACAGCCUCUUCUGUGGAUUAUUCCUCUUCCACUACAAG